AGAAAAAGAAGGAGAACGGAAAUGACUUGCCUCUUUAUUGCUCAACAAUUCUUCGGCAUCGGUAAGAGUUUGUCGAGGAGAGAUUAGCUGCUGCUGAAGACGAAAUCUUCUCAGAGCUUAAGAAACGAUCUCCCAGUAUGAGGACGACAUCAACCGUGAGCACAGACUGGUAGAGACUAACCGGAAACUCGAGAUAAAGUUACACAUAAUAGACCUCCCACAACAACAUGACUAGCAAGGAGGACACAGAUCAACAGAAGACCUCCAACAACAUGAUGAUUAAAGAGGACCCAGAUCAGCAGGAGACCUCUGACAACAACAUGAAUAUUAAAGAGGACCCAGACCAGCAGGAGACCUGUGACAACAACAUGAUGAUGAUAAAGAAGGACAGAGAUCAGCAGACCUCAGACAGCAGCAUGAAUAUUAAAGAGGACCCAGAUCAGCAGAAUACCUCUGAUAACAACAUGAUGAUUAAGGAGGACCCAGACCAGCAAGUUUGUAACCAGGAGAGGAACUCCAGUCUAGAGCAGGAGAACCCAGAGCCUACACAGAUUAAAGAUGAACAGGAGGAACUCUGCAUCAGUCAGGAGGGAGAGCAGCUUGUAGUGAAGGAGGAGGAGGUUGAUGGUAUCAUUGUUUGGACUGGUAAAGAACGGCUCAGUCUUCUGGAUAAAAUCUGGAAACCAAAAGAAAACUUGGACCUCCCACAACAGCAUGACUGUAAGGAGGAAGAAGUACUCAUAGACCAGCAGGUCUGUAACCAGGAGAGGAGCUCCAGUCUGGACCAGGACUCAGAGCCCCCACAGAUUAAAGAUGAAAAGGAGGAACUAUGCAUUAGUCAGGAGGGAGAGCAGCUUCCAGUGAAGCAGGAGGUUGAUACUUUUACGGUCACUCCAGGACCAAACACUGACCUGCUCCUUUCUUGCAAGUCUUCUGAAACUGAAACCCAAAGACAGGAAGAAAGCAAGCAUGUUCUCUCAGGAUUAAUUAUACAUUUUGAGCUGAAGAACACAUCACAACAGACAAAUGGAAGUCACAGUAACACAGUAGACACCUGUCAGGGUAAAACUGAUACAAACAAAAAGCCUAUAAAAUGUGAAACUUGUGGAAAAACAUUUCGGUUUGACUGCCACUUAGCAAAACAUGCCCGAGUUCACACGGGUGAGAAACCUUAUUCUUGUAGCAGUUGUGGAAAAAGGUUCACUCAGAUGGUAAACUUGAAAAUUCACAUGAGACUCCAUACAGGUGAGAAGCCAUAUACUUGUAACACCUGUGGGAAAAAGUUUACUUUCUUAUCACCUUUCAAAAUCCAUGUUAAACAUCAUGCAGGUGACAGGCCAUUUCCUUGUAGCAUCUGUGGGAAAAGAUUUGUUAUAAAGGCGGGACUGGAAAGUCACAUGAAAAGUCACACAGGUGAGAAGGCGUAUCCAUGUAGCACCUGUGGGAAAAGAUUCUCACUGAAGUCAGGAUUGGACAGUCACAUGACAAUCCACACAGGUGAGAAGCCUUUUUCCUGUAGCACCUGUGGGAGAAGAUUCAGAAAAAAAUCAAUAUUGGAAGGCCAUUUAAGAACGCACACAGGUGAGAAACCUUUCCCCUGUACCUACUGUGGGAAUGUAUUCAGUCGGAGGGUAAACUUGAAAACACACAUGAGAAAACAUACAGGUGAGAAGCCGUAUUCUUGUAGUGAGUGUGGGAAAAGAUUUAGUAGCUUUUCAGGAUUCAAAAAUCAUAUGAGAAUCCACUCAGGUGAAAAACCAUAUUCUUGCAGCACCUGUGGGAAAAGAUUCACUCAGAGAUCAGGACUGGAAACACACAUGAGAAUUCACACGGGUGAGAGGCCACAUACUUGUGGAACUUGUGGCAAAAACUUUAGUGAUUCAUCAGCAAUCAGAAAACAUGUGAGAGUCCACAUAGGUGAGAAACCUCAUACUUGUGGUGCCUGUGGAAAAAAUUUCAGUGAUGAGUUGAAAUUCAAAAGUCAUCUCAAAGUUCACACAGGAGAGAACUUACGUUUCUGUAGUGUCUGUGGAAGAGGAUUCACUCAGGUGAAUCACUUGACAAGACAUAUGAGAACUCACACGGGUGAGAAGCCAUAUUCUUGUAGCACCUGUGGGAAAGGAUUUGGUGACUUAUCAGGGUUGAAAAGACACAUGAGAAUCCAUACGGGUGAAAGACCAUAUUCCUGUAGCACCUGUGGGAAGACUUUUAGUGACUUAACAGGAUUCAAAACUCACACAAGACUUCACACGGGUGAAAAGCCAUAUUCCUGUAGUGUGUGUGAGAAAAGUUUUAUUCAGAUGGUACACUUAAAAAAUCAUAUGAGAAGGCAUACAGGUGAAAGGCCACACUCUUGUAGCAUCUGUGACAAAAGAUUUAGUUAUGCCACAAACCUGAAAAAUCACAUGAAAAGUCACACUAGUUAAGAGUUUCCCACUCACUUAACCCUUAGAUGCACACGUGGGGUCAAAAAUGACCCCAUGGGUUGUUUUUCUUGAAAAUCUUUAAAAUGCAAAGUUGUAAUAUAUUCAUAUUUCAGGUGUACCUCAUAAAAUAUGUUUGUAACAUGAGGCCAUUUGCAUUUUUAUUUAUUUUUUCAUUAAUUUAAAAAAAAAAUGCAGUUUUUGUAUCACUACCCCACUCUUCCACAAGUGGGGUCAAAAAUGACCCAGAGCAAUUCGAAGAUUUAAAGAUAUUCGCCGUUUCUUGCACUGAUGGCAAGAGGACCAGAGCCUACCGACUGAAAAGAAACCACAUGGCAGCUUUCCGCUACAUAUGGGGCCUGUUCCUGGUCAACUGCAGGCAGAAAUUCAUCCUCAGUGAUUGUGUUACAGUGGGUGAACAACUUGUGCCUUUCAGAGGGAAGGCCCAGCUUCUGCAGUAUAUGCAGAGCAAGCAUACAAAAGUGAUACAAGUGAUACAAAAAUUGCAAUUUCUUAAAAUUAAUGAAAAAAUAAAUAAAAAUGCAAAGGGCCUCAUGUCACAAACAUGUUUUAUGAGGAAUACCUCAAAUAUGAAAAUAUUACAACUCUUUGUUUUAAAGAUUUUGAAGAAUAACAACCGAGUUUAUAGCAAAAUGCAUUGUUUCUAUUUGGGGUCAUUUUUGACCCCACUUGUGGAAGAGUGUAGGUAUUGGUAGGUUGUGCAUCCAAGGGUUAAAAACCUGACCUCAUAUGCAUUUUAUUUCCAUAACAUUAACGAACUGUACCAAUCAUUUAUUCAAUUUGCUGUCUUAUUCUUAUGAUGAAUGGCAACGGUGUGUACCUGUCCUGUACCACUACACUGCUGUUUUUCAGAUAAUCAAUCAAUAAUUAUCUCGUGGGGCAUAAGUUUGACAGCCCUGAUGUAGCGGAAACCCUGAUUUUAUAUUUGUGUGAAUUGAUUUUUGUUGUUCUUUUGUUUUAGGCUGUAGAGAUGACAAACAUAAGUUGUAGAUGUAGGUUGUGUUUUAAUAAAUACCUUUCUUAUAGAAAAUCAAGGAUAGAUGAACUUCAUGCUUUUUAUGGAAAACAUUUAAAUUAGUUGUUCAAAGUUUAGCAAGAAAGUGCCACACAUAGGACAGAAAUACGUCAUUAUGUACUUGAGGAGCUAAUAAUCUUAAUGAAAAUUAACCUUCAGUGUGUGUUGAACGGUUAUGAGUUUUAUGCAGUUCGAGUAAAGUUUUAAAAGUAAUCCUUAUAUAUUUUUCUGACUAGUAAUAUCUAAAAUAUAAAGGAAACAUAAAUUCUGCCUUACUUCACACAUUUUUCUUGGUUACUGAUAUUUUUUAUAUAAAUGUAGAAGCAGAUUUUUUUUUCUUUUUUUUACUAUUUGAAUAAACAUGUCCCUGUCUGUGUUAUAGUUCUUGUUUAGCUGCAGGUUCACAGUUCAAACUGCAUGAAAAUGUUAUAAAUUUUGGUGAUCAUGUCAACAAUUAUUUGUAUUGAAUUUGAUGUGAACUCAGUAACAUAGAGUUUGACCUGCUUGAUAUGAAAUAUAUUUACUCUAUUGGUUUAAUGUGCAGUCUAAUGAGAGGGAUGAAUUGAAGUAACCAACUGAAAUCAUUAGAAGUAAACCUCUUUUUGUGCAAAUGUGGAUUUAAUAUUUUUUUCAACAAGAUGGGAAAAGUGUUUUUACCUUAGAUCAAAUUUUAUAAUGGUAUUUUGGUUACAGGAAACUUGUUACACUGCAGGAGCCUUGCAUGAGUCACGGUCGGAAUGAACCUGAUAUACUGCAUGCUGCGCCUUGGUGCAGCCCCACAGUUCAUCCUCCAUCUGAAACGAGGAAUUUUACUGAAUUUUACUGUUUUGUCAAACUUUGCACAUCUGUUGCAAAACAAAAUAAACUAUUAAAACCA